CGGCACAAUGUAUAUCUCCAAAAAGCUCUCUCUCCUUUCUAUCCCCUUCGUCCUUGGGGGUGUAGCAGCAGCUGGUGGUUGUGGCGAUGCUGAUGCCUGCAUUGGAACCGAGUAUUGCACAACGGCCACCUUCACGACUCCAACGGCGACGACGAUAACAACUUGUGUUCCCACACCGACCUGCUUAGGCGUCUAUGCGGACUGUGUGUCUGGUGGUGGAGGCCCAGUAUGCUGCUCCACUUAUUGUGCAGCUACAAAAUGCCGUCCGACUGAUCCGAAAUGGCCUGGCUGCUCCGAAGACCUGGGUGUUUGCCUAGCUGAUGAGAACUGCUGUUAUAACAAUAAGUGUGUCGAUGGUCUUUGCCGCAGGGUUAAAAAAGAAAAAAGGACAGUAAUGUUUUGAACCAACGAUGGUCAGGGUUGAGAAAGAAUGAUGAUUUGUCAUGCAUGUUCUAGUUAUGUGAUCUGGUUGUCUCGAACUCUACAUAUUUGUAGUUAUGGAAAGCCCAGGUGGUUUACAUUAUGAUUGUUCAGUGGUAAGGAAAAGUAGUCAAGUGAAUACCUUCAUUUUUUUCUCUCCUAAUCGACUUUAAUGCUAUCAUCCAUCGUUUAUUGACUCUUCG